AUGGAAUAUCAAAGUGCAAUAUGGAUGUGUCAAGUCAUAUUCCUCAGAUAUUGCAAUAAUAUGCAAUCAGACAAUCUGGGUUAUAUUGCCACCUCAUACAGAAGUGCAUAUGGAAAUAAAGUUAUACAGAAAGAACAUGACUGUGCAAAGCAAAUACCCAGCUUUGAUGAAAACAUCGUCAAACAAACAUUUUUAGGAGAGACGGGAGAUAUCUGGCAUAGUGCAUUGGUUCCCUCAAAGUCUAACCCAUCAAACCAAGAGAUAAGCAUUGAUCAUUCCACUGCAACAAUCUCAGUCAGUAAUGAAAAUUUCUUUUGUUCAGAAAAGACCCAAACAUUGCUUAAUUUGCUUAAAGAGUCUCAGGAUGAGUUCAUAACUAUCACGAUUCCAGAGUUAGAAGAAGUGAAGCUCAGUUCAACAAACACUCAUUACACUGACAUGGCUCAGGGUACAUCAGUCGCUAGCAACUUACCAUCUCUAUUGGGAUUCUGUCGAUACAAAAAAAUUGAUUCAAGUUGGUUUUGCAUACGUGAUAAGGUACAUGAAAUCAUUUGCAAACCCAAGAAAUUAAAAAACUUUCAGAGAGGCAACAGUUUCGAAUGA